CUCCCACCUCCGUCAUCAGCAGAGGCCGGUGUUCUAGCUGGCAGUGCCGGAGGCGGUGUAGUAUGGUUCGCAGUGCCAGCUGGGUGUCCGGACAGUCCAUGCACACAGCUCCCUCUAGGACAGGGAAGCAGGGUGGCCGCAGAUCGUGAUUCCCCUCAUUGGACCCGCUUCUCCCAGUGCCCUCAGAUGAGGGGGCAGUGCGCGGCGCCGGCUUCCUGUUAGACUGCGGAGGUGGCAGCCUGGGGAACCCAGCAAUGGAGGAGAAGUACAGCAGCAAUGUGAUGAGCAGCGGCCGGCUGGGGCCAGUGGAUAACCCAGAGUCCAGGUCACUGACUGACAAUGAUUACUGUGCAGCUGUAAUGGGGCCAUUCAUAGGGGGGGAGCACUACUUCUACAUCAGCCUAUGGGAACAGUGUGUGUGUGUUUAGUGACUGGGAGCAGUGUGUGUGUGUGUGUGUGUGUGUGUGUGUGUUUAGUGACUGGGAGCAGUGUGUGUGUGUGUGUGUUGUUUAGUGACUGGGAGCAGUGUGUGUGUGUGUGUGUGUGUGUGUGUGUUUAGUGACUGGGAGCAGUGUGUGUGUGUGUGUUUAGUGACUGGGAGCAGUGUGUGUGUGUGUUUAGUGACUGGGGAGCAGUGUGUGUGUGUGUGUGUGUGGUGGGAGCAGUGUGUGUGUGGGUGACUGGGGAGCAGUGUGUGUGUGUGUGUGUGUGUGGGAGCAGUGUGUGUGUGACUGGGAGCAGUGUGUGUGUGGUGACUGGGAGCAGUGUGUGUGUGUGGUGACUGGGAGCAGUGUGUGUGUGUGGUGACUGGGAGCAGUGUGUGUGUGUGGUGACUGGGAACAGUGUGUGUGUGUGGUGACUGGGAACAGUGUGUGUGUGAGGUGACUGGGAACAGUGUGCGUGUGUGUGGGUGACUGGGAACAGUGUGCCUGUGCGGGGUGACUGGGAACAGUGUGCCUGUGCGGGUGACUGGGAACAGUGCGCUGCCUGUGUGCCUGUGAGGCAGUGUGCAGCCUGUGCCUGUUGGGCUGACUGGGAACAGUGUGCCUGUGCGGGGCGACUGGGAACAGUGUGCCUGUGCGGGGCGACUGGGAACAGUGUGCCUGUGCGGGGCGACUGGGAACAGUGUGUGCGCGCGCGGGGCGACUGGCGGCAGUGUGUGUGUGUGUGUGCGCGCGCGCGGGGCGACUGGCGGCCGUGUCUGUGUGGGGCGACUGGUAACAGUUACUGGCGGCCGUGUCUGUGGGGUGACUGGCAGCAGUGACUGGUAACACUGUGUGGUGAAUGGCGGCAGUGUCUGUGGAUGAUGUGAGAACAUGCAGCUCUGGUCAGAUAAGGAAUCCUCAGCCCUUAGUUAACUUACACUGCCAUUACUCUUUGCCAAACACUGUCAAAUAUAUGAUAUCUUUAUCCAUCUUUUCUUGGACACGUUAUAGAUGUUAAUUGGCAGCAUGUGAAAGGUUAUGCCAUGAUCAUCACUAGUUGAAUAAAGAUACUCUUGCCCAUUUAAUAUAGUAUAUAUUUCUGUAAUACAAUUUAAAUAAUUUGUCACUGAUCAAAUUUCUAUGUUAAGAAAGGAUUGCCAGGUUUAUGCCAUGCAAAGACUUUUGGUCUCUUUCAAUAAAUUUAAGACACUCUGUUUUCUAAAAAAUGUGUCUUAAAUUUAUGAUAGCUCACUGCCAACCUAUAUGUCAUACCAUAUUUUUGUCAGUACAUAAUAAGAUUAUAGCUACUUUCAGCAGGGGCCUCCUAAUGUUGUGUUUCAGAUUUUUAAUUGCUGUUUAUGUCCCCAAUAUAAUUUGCUGCAGAACUGGCAUUUUAUAAAGUAACAUUAGCGUAAGUGAUUUUUGUACUAUAUUUCUUGUAUUUAUAUUUUGUCAAAUAGAGUAGUAAUGUAUGUUUAUUGGGAAGGCCAGGGAACUAGGCAGUAUUAUUUAUUAUUACAGCUGCUGGCAUUAAAUAGUUUGAAUGACUUUAUAUUACAUUGCUAACAAUUUCUUUUUGCAGGUUGACCAGGUACAUAGCACUUCUCUGCUUCACCAAGUUCUUAAAGGCCCUGGGUGUCUUUGAGUCGUAUGAUCUACUUAAAGUUGUUCAUAUUGUACAGUUCAUCUUUAUAUUAAAAUUAGGGUAAGUACACUUGCUGUCCUUUGGAGCUCACAUUUAUAAUGAUUGUUCAUUGUUUUCCAUGCUCUCCAAUAUGUCACUAGAAAUAGGUAGACCGAUAGAAAUGUAUAUAUCUAUAGAGAGAGAUUUUGAAAUGUAACAUAUGUAAAACUAGCAAACUAUGUAACUUCUUUGUAUCACACAUAGGCAUUGCAUAGUUGGAAUGUACUGAUUUGCUUCAAAUGUCUGGUUCAUUUAUAUAUUCACAGUGCACAAAGCCGUUAUUAUUGUACAUAUUUUCAUGUAAUGUUUCUCUCUACAGGUCUGCAUUUUUUAUGGUUUUGUUUCAAAAGCCAUUUACGUCUGGGAAGAACAUUACAAGACGCCAGGUUGGUUGUUCUAUCAUUUCUUCGUUUAAAAAAAAAAAUAAAAAAAAUUGUAUGUAUGUAUGUAUAUAAUUUUUUGAAAGGACACUCGCCAUUCACCUACACAAUUUACAUAAAUUGUAUAGCUUUUGGCCUAGACAAUUACAAGUAUUGAUUUGUAUGCUUAAUUUGUUAGGUUUGUGCAACAUAAAUGUUUUGCAGAAUUCUGCAUAUUAAUACAGACCCACCUCUCCCAUUUUAAAAAACAUCUCUCUUGAUGGUUACGGUAGCGGAUAUGAUGUCACAUUACCUACAGAUUGACAGGCAGAUGUCUGAUUAUUAAAAUUCCUUUACUAUGUGUCUGUUUCUUUGCAGUGGAUCAGUAUUGUAAAACAUGCCCUGGUCAGCUGUAUUAUUUCACUCCUUUGGUUCUUUGGCCUCACUCUCUGCGGGCCUCUAAGGUAAUCAUUUUUGUUUUUGCUAUUAUAUGUAAAUUUUACUGUUUGCAUUUUUCUGUGCAUGUAAAUAUGUGGAAGAUCAAAGGUUUACUCCAAGCACCAUGACCACUUCAGUGAUUUCAAGUGCUCAUGGUGCCUGGAGUCUGUAUGUGCAGAGUUUCUAAAUGAAAUGCUUUACUUACUGAGUGUAACCCCUUUGCUUCCAAAUGUGUACCUCCACCUCUGCAAGCAUCAUUGGUGCCUUAGUCAGCCUAGAACAAGAGGCUGGCUAAUAUCAGUUCUGUCCAUGUCACCUGUCAUAGAGUAUGCCUGAUGGAACCCAGGUGUGUGUGUGUGUAAAUCAUUGCAAAAUGGUUUUCCCCAUUACUGGGAAACUGGCUAUGGUCCUCUUCACAUUCUAACCCCUAAAGCAGGUUGUAGUGGUUAUGCUGCUAAGUAACCCUUUAACAAUUAGCAGGUUUUGAAAGUCUCCUUCCAAUCUCAUAUGGGAUAUCCAUUGGUUAGUAGCCCUCAUUGACUACUGUAUCUGCUGUCCAUCUUUUUUAUAAAUUUGUUGUUUCUGAACAGGAAUCUUAAGAACAUCAUUUUCUGUUUGAGCAAACACGCCACCUAAUAGUUGACGCUUUGUGACAUGAUGGUAAAUUCAAAACAUAAUGCUACAAAAUCCUGAGCAUGGACAAUGAGCAUUCUCAAACACGUCUAGUAUUCUUAGAGAGAAAGAAUACCAUUGAAUAUAUUUUUACACCCAUAAGGGCAGCGCAGAGCUAAAUUGCCAGGUUGUUCCCUUUGCAUGAGAUGCCAAAACCCCUGACAGUCAUGCGUUUCGUCUGUAUGGUGUGCCUCUGUUAAACUCCCAUCUCUAACCAGUAAGAGCACAAUGGAUUCACUAAUUGCUCCAGAUUAAGAAUUUACUAGAGCUGUGUUUCCACUGAAAUUAUUUUCAAAUCUCAGGCAUUUUAUUUAGUCUCCAAGUCUGUACAAUGCUUGAUGCUCUCGUCAAGUACCAUAGAAUGUUUCCCUUAUAGCAUGUGGACUCACGCUUAAAAUUUUUGUUUGUUUUCCAGGACCUUGCUGCUUUUCGAACACAGUGAUAUUGUUGUCGUUUCUUUGCUUACAGUGCUCUUUACUGGCUCAGGGGGUGGACCUUCCAAGGUAUGUCUGCUUUCUAGACUAUAUAUUUGAAGCAUAACAUUGUAUCAUAUCAUCUACUUUUGUGGAAAAGAUAAGUAGAAGUUACUUAAAACUUAUUAACUGAACUCCUUGUCUUUCCUCCUCCUAAUACUGAUCCCCCUCUUUCGCUCUCCCUUCAAGUGAGUGGUACCCACAUCAGUCCAUCCUUGCAAGCGUGCUGUCUUGACGUUAUAAUUGAUUCUGGCCUUACAUCCAGUCUGUUACCAAAUACUGUAUAUUCCACCUUAAAAACAUAUCCCGCAUCUGACCCUUUCUUACACAAGAUGCUACUAAGGAGCUUGUCCAUGCUCUAGUAAUCUCUUGCAUGGAUUAUUGUAACUCUCUCCUAAUAGGUCUUCCCACAAGUCAUAUUGCCCCGCUACAGUCUGUAAUGAAUGCUGCAGCUAGACUGUUUUUUUUCUCUCCUGUCGCUCCUCACACCUCUCCCCUUUGUCAGUUCUUACGUUGGCUUCCUGUAUCCUUUAGGAGUCAAUUCAAGGUACUAAUCCACACCUAUAAAGCACUGACCAAUUCUAGCCCCUCCUAUAUCUCUUCACUGAUCCACAGGUAUGCCUCUUCUCGGUCCCUCCGCUUUGCCCAUGACUUUCUCCUGUCUGCUGCUCACACCUGUACGGCCAACUCACGCUUGCAGGACUUCUCGCGGGCGGCUCCCUUCCUAUGGAAUAGCCUGCCUACGACCAUCAAGCUCUCCCCUACUCUUCAAUCUUUUAAGAAGUGCCUUAAAACCCAUCUUUUUUAGGAAAGCUUAUGGCCUUCCAGAGUAACCUCUACCUUACAUACCUGUCUCUUGCUCUCUCCGAAAGGGCAAGACUCUACUCUCUCCUCCAGCUCUGCUUCCCUCCACCUUGUUUGAUUGCUAUUUCCUGUCCUGUUGUGUUUUACGCCCCACGUGCUAUAGACUGUAAAUUCGUUUGAGCAGGGCCAUCUUCAACUCAUUGUUCCUGUAAGUUUUUGUAAUUGUCUAAUUUAUUGUUAAUUCUCCCCCUUUGAUAAUAUUGUAAAGCGCUACAGAAUAUGCUGGCGCUAUAUAAAUACCAGUAAUAAUAAUAAUAAUAAAGCAAAGCAGUAAGGCAGUCCAUCUGCUCCUUUCCACUAUGCAUGGUGUACCGUGCCGUUAUGUAUAAAAUGUUGCUGCAUCAUACACCUUGUAAGAUGUCACAUUUAGCUUUUAUAAGAGGAAACAUACCCAGCGCACGCGACAUAGACAGGACCUCCCCUUUUUUUUUUUUAUAUAUAUAAACCAGGGCACACCGCGCAACCAAGAUGUCCACGGGGGCAGUCAGGACUCUUACUCUUACACAUAGCCUCAGCACACGCCACAACCACAGCAAUUGUGAGAGAUGCCCCAGUACCCUUCUGGCACAGAACAGCCGACAGACCAGUUCAUUCUGAAAGGGUCUAACCCUUCACUACCCGCCUCUCAUUGAUCCCGCCUGUAGCAGCCCCGACACUCUGUUUUCACCAGGCCAAUCUCCACACCGCAAUGGGUCCAUAACACAGCAGCCACAGCUCCAAUGCAGGGCGCAGCAGAUCAGCUCUCCAUGGGAAAAAAGUGCCCAAAGAUAGCACCUGAGUUGUAGUCAAUCCAACCACCUCAUAUGCCCAUGAUGUAAGAUCACACGCACACACUGAGCUUUCUCAUUAUUUCUACAUGUCUCUUAAAUCUAAUGCACAUGCUCACUAUAGGACCUUACAGAUUGAUGUACCACAUGUGCAUAGUUUACAGUUACUUGUACUUGAACAAAAACUAACAGCUCCCACUGUUUAUUGGGAUGUUGUACACAUCUUAAAUGCCUCAAAAAACUAAAGAAUUAAAAAAAGGCAAAUUUUGCCUCCAGUUUUGGCCACUGUGAGGCCAUGAUGUCAUCUGCCAAUGAAGAGGCAUUGUUAUUGGCUAGGUCUGGCGUAAAUAGAGAAUCAGUUGUGGCUGGGCUUGGUGGUGUGGAAGAUGUUUCCUCUGAACGUAUGUCCUGUGUUUUUGAGAGGGAUUUGGAAUGUUUUGAUUGUUUUGGUUUUAGUUUUUCCGGAUUGUACAAAUUUCUCCAUUAUUGCGUUAGCGAAGUUUGCGUAUGGGAAAUUUCUUUAAAGUCCCGACAUGGAUUAAAAUAUAAGUCCAGAUACUGAUAUGGUGCGCAGGAUUACCUUGGCAUAUAUAGGUUUCCACUGUCCAGUAGGGAAACACAUUAAAAGAUGAAACACUAUCACCUACCUUCCUUAACCCCCUCCCCCUCAAUUGUUUAUUGUUAAUCUCCAAUAUAUUUACACAGGGUCGAUGUCUCAGACUGUAUUCCCUCCUGCAUGUAUACAUAUGUGUGCAAUAUGAAGAUAAUCUAUAAAUUUGCCCUAAAAGAACAAGAAAUGAAUAGACUCUUGUAUGAUACUUUGUAAUUGUUGCAUUUGAGAAUGUACUCCAUUGUAUCACCAUGUAUUAAUGCAUUAACCUCCAUAAAAUUUGUCAAAUUGAACCUAGGAUUUUGCCAAUAAAUUUAUUAGAACAUUAGAUACAUUUUAUUCCCUACAAAAUGCCAGUAUUUUUACUUUCCGUAGUAGUAGUAAUACGUUGAUGGCAGAGACCGAAUCUGGAUUCUAAUCCAACAAAGUGGUUGUCUUUUAAAUUGAAUUGUGCUAUAUUCCAGUAAUUCUUCCUCUUCCACAGACUCGAGGUGCUGUAUUUUUCAUUGUUGCUGUUAUUUGCCUUUUGCUGUUUGACAAUGACGAUCUGAUGGCUAAAAUUGCUGAACACCGUAUCCUUGUUUAAAGUAAUAAUAAACAAAUUAUCUUGGUUGGUCAAGACUUUUAUUUAAUGAGUGGGGGAAAAUGGUUGAAAUCAAAAUAAAUAGGAGCACAAAGCUGACUUAGCCAGGAGAACAGCUUCUCAGGGGCCGCCAUUGCUGGGCUUUAUUUCUUAAGUUAUUAAUUACCCUAUUGCCCUAAAUCAACCUCUGCAGCCAACAAUGCAAUGAGUGCAUGUUUCUUUUACUUUCUUUUAAUUGGCUCUUCUGACCUUCAUCCAUAAAACACAUGGACAGAACAUACUGCUCUCCUUCCGGUAAGUAUACACACAAUACAUGCCAUGUAAAAAUAUACUUAACAUUAUAUUUGCUGCCCUUGUGAAAUGCUUACACAUUUAAGAAAUAAUGCUAUUUAUGGCUUUGUCUGAAGUUUAACUUGUGAUGCAUUGGGGGAAUGCUUAAAGGACCACUAUAGUGCCAGGAAAACAUACUCUUUUUCCUGGCACUAUAGUGCACUGAGGGUGCCCCCACCCUCAGUGCCCCCUUCCUGCUGGGCUCUAGGGGGGAGGAAAGGGUUAAACUUACCUCUUUCUGCAGUGCCGGGCGGGGCACUCUCCUCCUACAUAGUGAUGUCAUCGGCUGAAUGCGCAUGCGCGGCAGGAGCCGUGCGCGCAUUCAGCCAGUCCAUAGGAAAGCAUUCUCAAUGCUUUCCUAUGGAUGCUGGCAUCUUCUCACUGUGAAAAUCACAGUGAGAAGCAUGCAAGCGCCUCUAGCGGCUGUCAAUGAGACAGCCACUAGAGGCUGGAUUAACCCAUUUGUAAACAUAGCAGUUUUUGAAACUAUGUUUAUAGAAAAGAGGGUUAAUCCUAGCUGAACCUGGCACCCAGACCACUUCAUUAAGCUGAAGUGGUCUGUGUGCCUAUAGUGGUCCUUUAAAGUGUUGUCAUAAGAAAAUGAAUGCUCCUGGGGUUUCCAUCUUUGUAUGAUUUCUGGCCAGUAGGUUUUUCGUGACAUUUAUUUUAAAUAAAAAUUAUUAUUAAAAUAUGUAGGAAGGCAAGGAAUUGCUCCCUACUCUACUUCAAUAAAUGUGAGUUAUUUGUAAUUAGCCUGUUACUUCCUAGUGAAGGUAGGAUACCAAGAUUGGCACAGAUUGUAAUUAAUAAACAUUAGAAACUGUAUUUAAUUUCAGUGUAGGCUUUUUUUUCUGUUAUAUGUGCAGAAAAUGCUGGGAGGGAGAAAAAGGUCUGUUUUAUACUUGGUAUGGGUGUAAUUUCUUCCUUGACUCUUGUGGAUUAGCUGAAGGACAUCAUGACAGUGCGUUAACACACUUCCUAUACACAGCUUUCUCACUCCUGGGAGUUGCUGAUCACAAGGUAAGAUGUAGUACAGCAACUGAAACUUCUCAUUUGUAUCAUUGUUUUCACUGCAAUCCUCUAUAUCAUACAUAAAAAAAGAUAAUAAAAAAAAAACUUUGACCUUUUGUCUUUUUCGAGGGACUAAUGUAUAUUUUGCAUAGACAUUAGAAGGUGACCUCUCCCGUUACGGUACAGUGUACACGUGAUUAUUGCACUAGGGUCUAUGCAAUGCUGCAGGAACAUCUAUAGAUGUCUCAUGACUAGUGAGACCAUACCUGAAUAACAGUCAUCACUUGAGCGGUGAUGGCUGCUCUUGCAAUUGGACGACAGUUGUCUUAUGGUAUCUUAGGAUUGUGGCAACGCUUUCCGCAUCAGUAUUUUAUCUUUAUCAUUUUUAUUUUUUUAUUCACUUUUCCUUUCUGCAUCAUGUGUUCUAUGUUUUCACUGCUGAAUUAUCAAUUUGGAUAUAGUGGACCUGUCGUGUUUUGUAGAGUUAUGCAAAAUAUAUGUGCAUUCAGAUAGUCACAUAAAAUAAAUAAUUGUAUGAAAAUUAUUGAAGCUGCUGCCAACUGUGGCUUUCAUCCCAUCUUUGCAACUGGCAACAUAUCGUGCCAGGAGUUACUCUUAUGUUUUUGUGCAAGAAGAACAUAUAGUUCUCUGGAGAAUAACCAGAUUUUAUUCUGAUGUUAGUAGGAACGUUUUGUGUGCACAAACAAAAUCCCUGUUGGCCAUUAAUGAUGGACAGCUUGCAAAAAUGAAAGACUUUGUCUAGUGAAAUGCAAAGAUUAAACGGACACUCCCAGCACCAUAACAGUUGCAGCUUAUCGAUAUGCUCUUUGCCUGCCACUGGGAUUUACUUUGGUAGGAUUGCUCCAAAGCCAGAAGGCAGAGAGAAGGUGCUGGGACACAUCCUGUGUCCGGUGCUCACACUAUAGUUCUGGGCUGGCUGAUGACUGGUCUGUGAUGCUGCCGGAGGUGGGGUUCUACCUGGGGCAGUUAAGGUGUUAAUCUCUGUGCACCGAUUCAAAUCGAAAUGCUGCACAUGCAGACUCCAUACACCAUGACCACUUCAAAUCAGUAAAGUGGCCAUGGUGCUUGGAGUAACACUUUUAAGUAUUGUUUAUUAUGAUGCUUCGUGUCCUGGGAAAUAUUAGCCACAUUACAACUGAAAACUCUUUUACAAAGUAUACUUUUACCUUUUACAUUUUUAAAGCAAAUCCACCCUGAAACAUUUUCCACUUUGUAAAUCAUGUUGGCAUUUCAGUUGUCAUUGGACUGCAACUCCUUCAAUUCCUAGGCAGUUAAACAACUAAGGUAAUUGUAGUUCAUUAACAGCUGGAGGCAGGCUCUUAAUUAAUUUUUAGUAUAACCAUAUUACGGCCAAUUUAUUGCAAUUUUAAAACCUUGAUGCGUAAGUAACUGUUCUAUAUAAACAGUUAACUGCACAGACUGUUUGAAUUAAUACACAUUUUCUGUUGUCAAUUUUAACCUUCUUGUUUUUGAAGUGGUCUCUAUUAAUCCAAAUCCAUCUGUUUUCUUGUUGGUUUCAGGGAGGAGUACUGUUGCUUGUGUUGGCUUUAUGUUUCAAUGUUGGUUUUCACACAGCUUCCCGAAAGCUCUCUUUAGAUAUUGGUGGAGCCAAACGUCUUCAGGCUUUGUCUCACCUUGUCUCUGUCAUAAUACUGUGCCCAUGGGUCAUCGUUCUCACUGCGACUACAGAGGUAACGGGGAGCACCUUCAUGUAUUUUACUUUUUGUGCAGGUUGUUAUUUAUAAAUUCAGGAUGUCCUGUUAUUACAUAAGUCUGUGUUAUGUCUCUUAAUAUACUGUAAAUAGGGUGAAGAGAAUAACCGUCUACAUUUCUUAAAUUGAGUUGAAGAGUUAUAAAUAUAUCUAGCACAAUAAAAUAGACACUUAAAACAUGCAAAGUAUUAUUACUUAUAACAUACAUCCAAGGUGAAAAAUCAGUAACGUGCAUAAAAUACAACUUCCAUCAAAUGUAACAUGUAGAUACUGACAGUGGUCACUCACAAGUAUAAUGCUGCAAAAAGUGUACAAAAGCACAUAUUUACCAUAACUCCGGCACCCAGUCUGCCAGUCAGCUUGGACCAAGCUGUGCUAUAAUACUUUGGGAUCAAAGUUGGUUGUCUACGCAGAAUAUAGCAUUGCAGUUAUAGAUGAAUCUAGUGCUUUGGCAACUUGCUUAAAUAAUUUGUGUCCAUCUAUACUCUUCUGAGGAAAUCUGAGAUUAAACACUUUCAGUGAGUUUUCCCAUCAGUGAUUUCAAAUUUCCUUCCAAAUUUCUAAUUGCUGUACAGGUUAUUCUGAUGAAGGGAUAGUUGGCAAGUUUUAUGGUCCUGGCUUCUUAUCCAAUAUGGAUAAAAAAGACAUUAGGGUAAAGACAUGGUGUUCUUUUUGUUUUACUUUUCCAAAACUGGACAUUCUUUUGAGCACACAUAGUAAGCCAGUUAUGUAAUUAUAAGUUGUCACAUACACAGAGUGCGCUUUUAAUCUUCCUGAUCAAUUUUAAUGACUUUGCUUUGACAUAGUGGGUCCCUUUUUGUUUAAUGUUUAUACCCUCACAUUGUCAUUCGUGCAAUGUUUAUUAAUCAUCCACUACUGCCAUUUUAAUUAGUGUAUGAUUGAUUUUUAUCAUCAUAGAGUCCAUUAAGACUUUCAAUGGUUAUUGCUUGAGAGCCCCUAUUACAGAGUAGCAGAACCAGUAGUCUGUGUUAUGCCAUUGCUCCAGAUAUUCUGUUUUUAAACAUCUUCUCCAGCAUGUUCUGGCACCAGUUUAUAGCUAUUUUAUAUGCAGUCAUUUAUGUGUUGCAUUUAAUUUGUGUAUAUAACACCUAGCAUGUUGUUUGUAUUACAGAGCAAAGUAGAGUCCUGGUCCUCUCUGAUCAUGCCUUUCACUACAGUGAUUUUCUCUGUCAUGAUUCUGGAUUUCUACGUAGAAUCAGUUUGUUCGGUUAAGAUGGAACCAUCUAAACGUGCCCGUUAUGGAUCCUUCCUGAUUUUUAUUAGUGCCCUUCUACUGGGAAAUUUCUGGACGCAUCCAAUAACUGACCAGCUUAGAGCCAUGAAUAAGCCUGCACACCAUCAGAGUACUGAGCAUGUCCUCUCUGGUGGUGUAGUAGUGAGUUCCAUUUUCUUCAUGUUGUGUAAGUAUUUAAUCUGAUAUAACAAUGUGGUUAUAUUAGUACCAUAAGCAUUGCUAGGGUGGUGGAUUUGGCGACUGAAAACCCCCUUAGUACAGGAAGUUUACAGGGCUGUAGCGUGUUAUAUUAUUUUUUACUUAUUACUUUUUUUUCCAUAACUUUACUCAAAACCGUGUGACAUAAAAAGGAAAAUCAGUACUCUAAAGCAUCACAAAACCCUUGGAGGAGUGUAUGGUGCCCCCCAUGUAACUGUCAGGAGGGUUUGCUGGGUAACAGAACUUUGCUGCACAUCCUUCAAAUAGUUAUGAAGCAUGGAUUUCAUUGAAUGUCUGGCUGUUCAGGUUUUACUUGUGUUUUGGAUAUGCUUUCAUUGAGAUCCAGAGAGCAUAACAAGCACACAUUUCUUGGGUAGAGAGAAGGGGACAUAGCAGAGAGUGGUGGGGGUAUGUCAUGACAUAUGACAUAUAUGACAUAUUCCUGCUGCCUUCUUAGUGUAGGGUUUACCGAGAUGUGUACUCCUGCAAUGUACAGAUUAUAAUAAGGCAAUGCUUUGAUUUCAAUUGUUUCAGAUGUCAAUUAAAUAUUUAGCUCCUCUUCAUUAACACAUUAAUGUAACCCCUGCCCAUGUCUUCCCCACACCCAGAAUGGACUUACUUUGGAAAACGUCCCUUAGCAGGGCACACUUCCUCCAUGAUGCCAUCUUGCUGGCUUCAUUGCCAGUGCAUCAGCAUCUGAAAGUGUGAGAAAUUAUUUUAGAGUAAUAAUCACAGCAUGUAACUGUGACAGAAAGCAGGAGAUCUACAGGAGAAAGCAGGGUUCUCUGGCUCGAAAUGUUUGAUUAGUCUCAGCUAACGUUUACAAAAGAUUUUUUGUGAAUGUCACUUGAUACAGUUCGAGUGCAAAGGAAGUGAGCAAUGGAUGGCAGUCUUUUACAACAGCUCUGAGAUGAUGUGGUUAUGGUGUAUAAGAUUAUAAGAAAAUUUGUAUGUAAAGAAACAAACAAAUUUUAAAACCAUAAGGAUGCACACUCUAAAGAGACCUUAUAGCAUAAUUCUCAGUGCGUCCAGGCUUUGUAUCUCAGAAUUUGAUCUUUCCCCUUCCAGAUUGAUAUAGUAUGAUAUUUUUAAUUCUAAUUUUGCUCUGAACAAACUGAAUUGAAAAUAAAGGAGCUCUCCAAGCACCAUAACCACUGCAGUGUGAUGUUAUGGUGCCAAGAGUGCCCUGGCACCUACCCCAGUGUAAGUAGUUAAACAAUUUGGUACCUGGUGUUCACUGGGCACUGCACCACGCCACGCCACCUCUCGGUAGGAAGUGAGAACCAGAAGCACCUUCCAGGGUCAACUAAUUGGCUUUGUGUGAUCUCUCAGCUACCAGGCUGGUGUCUGCUGAAUCUCAGGUGCUUAGAGUGUUCCUUUAAGUUUUAAGAGUAGCUUCGCUGAACUACACCCGGUAUUUUUAUUUUUUAUUUCUGCAUUGUUUUGAGUGUGUGUUUUUGUUUUUUGUUUUCCUUCUAGGUAUCAUCCUUCCAUUAAUGCUUUUCACUUAUGUUCUAUAAUAAUGUACAAAUUUCUAAAUGUUAUGUAUUUGGCAGCUGCAAAUAUUUUGUCCUCGACAACCAGAAAGGGACAGAAAGGAACCUUAGUUGGUUACUCACCAGAAGGUACACCACUCUAUAACUUCAUGGGAGAUGCUUUGCACAGUACAUCGUCAUCAAUGCCCAGGUUUAUAAAAGAUUCUCUAAAACAGAUCCUUGAAGAAUAUGACUCAAGACAGAUCUUCUACUUCCUGUGUCUAAAUCUGGUAUGUGUUCUCCUUGUUUUAUUUAUUUCUAAUUGCCCUUUCCACCAUGACCCCAUAAGGCACAGUCACAGAGGAAGAUUAUCAUAAGCUGAUAAGCAUGACUUUAUGAUAUGGGUGGAGUUAAGAUUAUAAGUAGUUCACUUAAAUUGUCUGUCACCUCAAAUGUGCCUUUCUCAUAUUAUUUCCUCUUUAAGAAUCUAUUCUUCAUUUCUGAUUGACUUCUAUUUAAUACAUAAGGCGAAGUAUGGACUACUUUGUCUUAUGUAUUUUUCCUACGCUUCACAAAAAUUUCCUAAUUUCACGUUUGUCAUGCUAACGAAGAGGGAAGCUUGCCUCCAUCCUUUGUCAAGUUUUGUCAAGCAUCCAUUUCUGUUGGACACUGCCCAAUCAGAUGUGUAUUACAGCUGCUUGGGAAGUAUGAAUGGCAAGCAUUAAGAUCUGCAAAGCCCCUUACUUCAAAGUGAGUUCAGGCGCAGAGCUAGCAAGGUGUGACAGAGGUGUUUUUAAAAAAAAUGUUGAUUUCCUUUUUAAAAUAAGUGACUUUUUUUUUUUUUUUUUUUAAAUUAGCCUACAGGGACGAUAAACGGAACACUAAAGCUCCUUAGCAAGCUGAAGAGUUUCAUGUCCUUAGCACAUUACACUAAUUCAUUAAUUGCCAUAUCUCAUAUAUGUUUUAGGAUAAAACCAAGUGGUAUUGGAUUGUCAAUAAAAAGAACAUAAUGGGUUUAUUGAAACUGCCUAUAAUGUGUUUUCUGUGAUUUGGGGGCUUGUUUGUUUUGGGGUUUUUUUUUCUCUUGUUUUUACUCCAUUGUGUGUGUUUUGGGUUUAUUUUAGGCUUUUACGUUUGUGGAAAUUUUUUAUGGAGUGUGGACUAAUAGUCUAGGUUUAUUGUCUGAUGGGUUCCAUAUGUUGUUUGACUGCUCUGCGUUAGUGAUGGGCCUUAUUGCUGCCUUAAUGACUCGGUGGAAGGCAACAAGAAUAUUCUCUUAUGGGUGAGUCCUAAUUUAUUUUCAUGCUUGAUGUAAUAACAGUCACUGUUUUUUGCUGUUUGCAUGUAUGUGACAGAAUGGAAAGAAACAUUUUUCAUUGGUAAAUAUCAAGAAAUCGUUAGUUAUGUUAACAUGGAUUUAUUUUAUGUGUUUAUUUCCCUAAUCCCAUUUCCGCCUUUAUAGGUUUGGACGAGUAGAAAUUCUGUCUGGCUUUAUCAAUGGGCUAUUCUUGAUGGUGAUCUCGUUUUUUGUGUUUAUUGAAGCUGUGGCUAGACUGUUUGAUCCCCCUGACAUUAAUACAGACAUGUUAACAGUAAGUAGUUGUUUUCUUAUAUAUUCUAUGUACAACCUAUGCACUGCUUGUAAACUUAAACACCCAAGAGCCCAUUUUUGAUCCCCUGGCAUACGUGUAUACAUAUGUGUGCUUGUGUGCAUGUCACACCCUCCAUAUACGAUCCAAAACGUUGUACUUUGUUCUUAAAGCCUAUUGUGGAAAACUUGGUGUGCCUAGGGGCUUUCUAUCCUGUUUAACUCCUGACAAUCUGUGACUGCUCUUUGUAGGCAAAGUGACCAGUAGAGGGAUUUGAAAAAAUUUGGUGUAAAUUCAUUUUGAUGUAGUAAUUAGAGGUCUCAUGUCUCAAAGUCUUUCAAUGUUGACAGGAAAUAGAAGCAGAAGUCUGGCAAUAUUAUCUAAAUAGACGUCUGCCAGGAAACAUUAAUCAGCACUGUUCUUAAUGUUAAAUCUAGAAUUUAGUUUUUAAUCUGAGGAUUUUAUCCAUUUAGAUGCUCUGAUGCAUAUGAUCUCUCAUGAACAGAAAUAGACACCAACAAAUACUUUUGUACUGCUGUACAUUAAAUGCUGAUUUUGUUUUGAACAGCCAGUCUCAGUUGGAGGACUCUUGGUAAACUUGGUUGGAAUCUGUGCUUUUAGCCAUGCUCACUCCCAUGGGGCUUCUCGAGGAGGAUGUCCAUCUCAUGAACAUGGGCAUUCUCACCACGGACACAGUCAUGGACAUGGCCAUGGUCAUUCGCACAGUGACCAUGGACAUAAUCACAACCACAGUCACAACCAUGGACACUCCCAUGCAUCUGGAGGAGGAGGCAUGAACGCCAAUAUGCGAGGCAAGUAACCUGUUCGUCAUUAUAAUGUGAAAACACACACCUAUUCAUACAGUAUAUAUGACGAUUAUGUGCAAUGUUCAUGAUUGCACGCACACUUGCAACUUAAUGAAAAAACAAAUGAUUUUAUGAAAUACAAAUGAAAAAGUCCAGGCAAAGUAAAAUUUACAGAGAAUACAUUUUUUUGUAGUGGUGGAAACUGAAUGCAGUUUAACAAUUCAGCUUUCUUAAUUUAAUACAUGGAAAAUGUUAAAACAAACCACUAAGUUAUAUAGUGAGACAGUUUUCUCUGUGGAUUUACAUGCCAAAAGAAAGUUUACACCAGUGACUUUACAAAGUAAGCACGCUUUUAUUUAUUUAAUUAAAAAUAUUAGAUAUCUAUACAUAUCUAAUACAAAUAUUAAGGAAAAUUGUUUCAUACUUACCGUAAUUUUCUUUUCCUGAUCAUUAUUCAUGGCAGCAUUUACUCGUGGGUUAGCUCCUCCCCUUACAGCAGAAAGGACAGGAAAUAGAACUCUGAAACUGGUAUAAAUAGAUCCUCCCCCUUCCCAUCGGGCAGUCUUUGUAACUAGCUUCACAACUCCUAUAGUAUAUGGGUGGGAACGUAAUGCUGCCAUAAAUAAUUAUCAGGAAAAGAAAAUUACGGUAAGUAUGAAACAAUUUUCCUUAUUCCUAAUCAAUCGUGGCAGCAUUUACUUGUGGGGAAUACCCAAGCAGUAUAUAUCGAGGGAGGGACAGAGCUCAAAAACAGCUAAUAGCUAUAAAACCAUUAUUGAGCUGCAUAAACUUUAGAAGACUUUAACCCAUUAAGGACCAAACUUCUGGAAUAAAAGGGAAUCAUAACAUGUCACACAUGUCAUAUGUCCUUAAGGGGUUAAAAAAGCCAAACAAGUAAUCAAUAGGAUAUUGUCAUAAAAUCUGCUCAGACAAGUUAAUUUACCGUAGAGGCUGCGAGGUCAGCAACCUCCUGGCAUUCAAAUGUCUGAAAUAUCCUGAAUAAAUAUAGAGCCAAAUAGGCAUUAAGGCCCUGAUAGCCUAGUCUAGAGACCCUCUAUGAAACCCCCAGACACGGUCUAGAAAUUAUAGAUCUAUUAUGUCAACAAAAAAGGAUAAUGUCCUUCUCUGAUAUAAAUUUAAAACCAAAUGGCAUCAUCAAAUCAGAACCUUGACAAAGGCUUAACUUCCAGAAAUCAUACUGGAACAAUCUGACCAUGUUGGAUGAAAACAGUCACACCAUGCUAACAGGGGGAGAAUUACACGGAUAAUCCCACUACUUUCUGGAUGUAUUUAUUAAAGACAAUUCACAUUGUGUCCUCUUGCCUAGUGAACUACUUACCUGUAGAUACAGGAAACAAAUCAAUAUCUGCCUGUCAGAAAGAGGCAGAGCCUAGUAGAGAAAUAAGAGCCGGUUAUAAAAAACACUGCAACAAUGAAUAUAUAAUGCAGAAGCAGACUCACAACAAUACUACACACCGUGAAUGAAUUGAUACAGUAAUGAUCAGAUACAGGAGAGGUAUAAACCAAUACCAUUACUAGGCAAAGGCAAAAAGAAUCAUAUACAGAUUAGUUGAGGAAAAAAGAAAUAUCGGUAUGAACCGUAGAAUUUGUGGCAACUUCUAAAUUAUAAGUAGGCAAUGUAGGCCAACCACGUCAGUACCUACAUUCAAAGAUAAACAUAUUGUAAAUAGUACAGAUUAUACCAAACAGCAUAAUAAAAUGUAUUAGAGACUGUUGUGCAACCUGAGUAGGAGAUAUGCAAUAGGCGCAUGAUACAUUGUGGCAACAGACAUAAUAAGCAGGAUAGUAGAAGAUAUUCAGUUAUCCUUAUGAGAACAAACAACCGCAUACUUACUCUUACCUUAUCUUCAGAUAGUGAUGAAGUACUUAUGGCAGAGCCUAUGGUGAUAAGCAGUUGGUUUUAUCUGCAAGAUAUCAACACCAAACCAAGCAUAUAAUCCACGAGUAUUAAAUCAAUGCAGUGUUAGGAGUGACCAUAACUUAUACCGAUCUAGGUACAGGGACCAUGUAAAACAUAUGAGUCAAAUGUUUGUCAUCAACAAGCUGUAUUACAUUAUAUUAUAUUAUGCAGGAUGAAUCAACCAUUUAAAGCCACACAUUGGUUGCAAAUUCCAGAUAUAAGGACACCUAGAAGAAUCCCCAUGGAUAUCAGAAGAGAGGUCCAUAAUGGAUCUACCUGUUUAGGGAUUUCCUCUAUUGUUCAGACAGCAGGUGAAUUUUACCUGAAAUAGUAAACCUGGUAGAAUGGUCUGGGGACUGGAAAGACCUUCCAAUGUCAAUUAAAAUACUUGCAAUACACAGUAUCAAAGUUACCUGGAGCAUAUGAGCCUAAAAUAAUACCUUUUAUUGCAGAAAGGAAAUAAUGUUCCCCUUCACAACAGGGGAAUCUGUGAGAAAAUUCUGAACAUUAACUCCUUAAGAACCAAAAGUAUGCCACUCCUGACAUAUACUAAAGGGAUUGCCAAACUUUCAGGUCCCUAAGGAAUAAAAGAGACUACUGAAUAAAAAGUAUAAACCAGACCAGGAGUAGUGAAUUUUUCAGAGUAGAAGCUUGCAGAAAAAUAAAAUGAUACUAAAGUUAUGACCAGGUGAAAGAAAAAGCCAAUAUUAACAGCUUUUAAAUCAGUUAAAUUAGAUUUUAGAAAGAAAAGAAAUAUACCAGAGAAAACAGUCAGGUAAUUGUUUCAGCGUUACCUACUUAUGAGAUAAAUUAAUAGCCCAAUUUGUGCUCCUGCAACCAGUAUGAUCUACUAAGCUGUGCAUCACUAAUCGACAUAUAUCUGAAGGUAAAACACUGCCACCAAUUGAAAAAACAUUCCCUAUCUUGAACUGAGAGGAGAGGAUACCUGGCAAUAGAAAAACUUUUGAGAAAUGGUCUCAUGUAUAAAUACAUAGGAGUUCACACAAAAGGGCCUUAAUUUUGUUAAACAGUACCAUGCUCCAUUUUGGAAAAACAGGUCUCCCUCUCUCCUGGGAGAGGCACUCAGACAGGUUCAGUAACACCUGCAAUCUAUCUGAAGUGGUAAAAUGUGUUAAUUGCUGUGACAAAAUGGCUUUUGUCACUGGGUCUGCAUGUGACAAACUGCCCUACCCCCCUGUCUCUUGGAGGAGCUGGAUUGCUAGCCUCUUACCCUGGGAUGCUGGCCCUUUAAGUUAUGGGGUCUUAAGGCACUUAGGACAGAGCCCUUUGUCCCUGGAUCACAUUGUUCGCCUUAAUUGCUUGGAUUUUACAUUUCCCCUGGUACAUUCGUAUGUUGGUUCGUGCAGUUUAACUUCCAGUACGGCCAGGAUAAUGCUGUUCGUACAGACGAACAAACUGCCGAAUGGCCGACCACCCUGUCUGUGGAGCGUGCUGCUUAUUUACCACCCAGACCUUGCGGUUAACCGCAAGGUAAUUGAUGAAAGGCAUGGUGGUCCGCGUUCACCUACCGAACACGUGGCAAUCGCCAUUUUGUUUUGUCAAACGCACAGCGGUAAAUGGUGAGGAUUCCCUGGAACUGAUUUCGGCGACCUAUUUUGUCGAACACCGCUGCUACCUUCACCCAUCCUCGUUCAUACGGUGGAAAAAUACACGAAUGAAGGGAUAAUACUUCAUUCGUGCGUUAAAGUAUGCGAAAGUGACCGACCCCAGAUAGCUAUACUAGAGAACUUGCAAUCGGUUACAAACACACGAACGGCCAGUGAAAGUCAAACUUCAGUCGACGAUUCUGAGAACUGUGUUUGUGGGAUCUGAGCGCUAUUCGCAUAGAAUAUGCACUCAGAUCCAAGCUAUCUGGGGAUAUGUGGAACUUAAAGUUUAUGUUGUGUAAAAAGAAAGUUAUGUAUUUUUAUUCUGUUUUUGCUAAAUAAGAAAAGACAUGCUUCUUUCCUCCUGGAGAUAAUUAAGGCUCUCUUUGCUACCUUAAUCUAAUUAUCUCCAGGAUGGAAAAGAGGGAGUGAUUUAGGAAAAGGGGAGUGCUUAUGCUAUAGCCACUGUGAUUGGCUACUGUGUUACUUCUGUCCCAGUCUUCCAUCUGGUCCCCUAGGGGAGUGUCCACCAGGUGGAAGACCUGCAUAAAUACCGGGCGGGUAGCCCACAGUAAAUCAGAUCGUUUUACCCCUUCAUGAAGUCUCGACUCAUGUUUGGGGGAUUGGAAGCUAUAAUCACUCUGUUUCAGCGGGAUUUCGGGAGAAGCUGCAAGGAUCAUCGCUGCACGUAUGCAAGGAUCCUUUACAAUUGCUUAUCCUGAAACACCUGUGGGAGAAGGAAUCUAAUACAAAGCCAAAAGCAGUAUGUUUCCUUAUCUACUUCAUUUAAAAAACUGAAAUAGAAAAUCCACAGUAGGCAAUAAUUACUUACCCAGUACAACAGUGCAUUUGUAUUUGCUAGAAUUGGGCAGUGCUACAUUUCAGCGCAAAACAGACCUUAGAUCAUUUGUAUAUAUUAAAUCUAUCAAUGCCGUGUAUAAAUUGGGGUUAUAUAAUACUACCAACCUGCGUGCAGAUUAUAUGAAUCACAUACAUUGUGGAUGUUUCUAACAGCACCUUAUACACAGAUAUAUCAGUUACAUAUACUGAGUCUGUUUAAACAGUAAUCAUACAUAGCCUACCUCUUCUAUAUACAGUGACACUAUGCCUGCACACAUAUUAAGAUUAUAUGAGUGAGAUAAAUUGAGGCUGUGUUUUAACAGAACUUCAUGCACAGAAUAUACAUCUCACAUAUACUGAGGUUGUGACUCACAACCCACACAUAGAACCAGUAUUAGAUUGAAAUCCUAUAGCGGAUGUACUUAUAUCAUUUACAUAUAUUGUGUUUCCACUAAUACAUCAAUCAUAUAAUGAACAGAUACACUGAAGCAAGGUCUCCAACUUACACAUAAAGCAUGUAGAGGACAUAUACUGAGGCUGUGUAUUCACAGCAACACAGAGCAUAUAAAGAACACAUACUGAGGCAGAGUCUUCCGAUAAACUCAUUCAUUCACAAUUUAGUGGAUAUAUAUACACUAAGGCUGUGUCCUCAUAUAAUUCAUACAUAGAGCAUGUAGUGCAUACAUAUACCUGAGGCAGUGACCUCAUUGUAACUCAUACAUAGAGCCUAUAGUGGAUACCUAUACUGAGGCAGUGUUCACACAGUAACUCUUACAUAGAGCAUAUAGUGGAUACAUAUACUGAGGCUGUGUCCUCAUAGUUACUCAUACAUAGAGCAUAUACUGGACACACACUGAGGCAGAGUCUUCAGACCAAUUCAUACAUAGAGCAUAUAUUGGAAACAUACUGAUGCUGUAACAGAAACCAGUUUGUGUACAGAUACUGAGACCGUGUGGUCUCCUGUGCAUUAUAUUCUUCCACUGUCUGCAAAGCCUGCUUAUUUGUGAUAAUGCACAGAUAACAGCAAUCAAUGCCACAUGCCUUGAUAGAAACAAGUGUGUGUAUGGACUUAGAGUUAGGUUUUAAAACCGGUCAUAUACAUGUAUGUACUUCAAUCAGUUAUCCAGGAAAGUUCUCUUACCUAGGAUAUUUCUCUGUCUUCUGGACUGUGGAAUUCCAGCAGACUUUAUACAGCCAGGAUAUCCAUUAUUAGCACUCUUUUUUCACAAAGCCUCAUUGCAUUAUCAGCACUCUUUUGCACAAUGCCUCCUUGCAUUACCAGCACUCUUUUGCACCAAGCAUUCUUUCAUGUAUAAAAUUACCUAAAUGCUCCCCACACAAACCUCCUAAAUGUGACCUAUUUGUUAGAAGGAAGCCUAAUGUAAGCAGCUGGGAGGGACCGAAAGAACAGAGACCCAGGUGCCUAUACUAGUUUUAAUCUAAAUUGCACUUAACUGAACAGCUGCAGGCCUGUGUUUCAGCUGCAAAAUGGGGAUUUGAACAACUGACAGCCUAAACUGUUUAAACUAUAGGCUUCCAUCUGUACCCCAUGUGCCAUUCAUCAUCACCAGUGGAAGAAGGUUUAACCAAACCUCAGACAAGGUGGAAUACGUAGAAUAGGUAUACCCAGGUAUUCACCUUAUGGAAGUGCUGUAUUUUGGGUCUUCAGGGAUAAAGGCUUAGACUCGGCUGAGCCUCAUGUAUGCAGUGGACUACUGUCAUCACUUCAGAGAGAGAAAGAGGUCAGACCCCUGGUUGCUGAAGGAGGUACCCAGGCUGGCAACUUUUACAGAUGUGCUGUUUGCUGGGGCUUCAUGGAUAAGAGGCUGAACUCUGGCCUGGCUUUAUGUAGGCAGUAUAUAACAUACAUCCCCUGAGGGGGUACCCAAGCUGGCCUGUUGCUGGGUCUUCAAGGAUAAGAGACUGAACCCUGGCAUGCAGUGGACCAUUUUCAUCCCCUGAGGGAGAGGUUGGAUCCGACCCCCGGUCACUAAAGGGGGUACCCAGGCUAGCCACCUUUACAAUAGUGCGUUGCUGAGUCUUCAGGGCUUAGAGGCUGAACCCCGGCAGGGCUACAAAAAUAUUGCCUGGUGAGCAUAAAAGAAAAAAUUGCGGCCUGCAUAAGCAGACUCCUUCCAAACUGCUGUGAAGGACAGGAAAAUAGACUGCCCGAUGGGAAGGGGGAGGAUCUAUUUAUACCAGUUUCAGAGUUCUAUUUCCUGUCCUUUCUGCUGUAAGGGGAGGAGCUACAGGGGUUAAAGCGACAUGAGUGCAGAUAAGACAGGUUUGAUAGAACAUAGACACCAUUCUUGCAGAGGGUUGUAAAUAUCUUAUGCGAAGAUCUGAGUGAGGGGUGGGGAGAGAAAGAAAACAAAAACAAGCGAAAGGUGCUAAAAGGGGGAAGUAUUAAUAUAAAGAGUGCCUGAAUUUCCAUCCAAGAGUUACAGGAUAUGCAUAACGGCCUAUAUCCAGCAUACACACACGUACAUACUUACACUCAUGUACAUAUACACAAGUAGUGCAUAUGUACAAGUAUACACAAGAACAUACACCCUAUACACCAGUACAUACAAUAUACAUAUAAAUACAACUAAAUACCCAAAUAUAUGUACAUGCACACCUACACAAGCAUCUAUACAUGUACCUACACAUAUACCAAUGUGCCUACACAUACAUUGACCCAUGUAUAUGUACACAUACACCUAUUCACAUAUAUCUGUGUGUAUAAUAUAUAUAUAUAUAUAAUGUGUUAACCAUAAUCCCCUGAAGUGCUGCCAGACUAACGAUCUCCUUCUCUUGUAGGUGUAUUUCUACAUGUGUUGGCUGACACUCUUGGAAGUGUAGGAGUGAUUGUAUCAACCAUACUGAUUCGACAAUUCGGCUGGCUGAUAGCUGACCCUCUGUGCUCACUCUUUAUCGCUAUUCUGAUAUUCGCCAGUGUUAUCCCUCUACUUAAAGAUGCAUGUGAAGUGAUUCUUCUCCGGAUACCACCGGAAACUGAAAAAGGAAUAAAUAUCGGCCUUGAAAAGGUUAAGCGAAAUUUCAUAUUUAUUAUAGUUGGAGUUUGAGAGAGAGAGAGUAUAUGUGUGUAUGUAUGUGUGUGUAUGUGUAUAUCGUAUUAUGUAGUAGGGGCUGGCCUCUGAUAUCCAGGAUAUGUUAAGGGGAGAAUUCCAUCUAUGUUAAAGGACCACUAAAAUGCCCUGAGGGUGCCCCCACCCUCAGGGUCCCCCUCCCGCCCGGCUCUGGAAGGGGGAAAAGGGGUUAAAUCUUACCUUUUUCCAGCACUUGGCGGAGAGCUCUCCUCCUCCGAUCCUCCUCUUCUCCUCCCCGUCGGCUGAAUGCACACGCGUGGCAAGAGCUGCGCGCGCAUUCAGCCGGUCACAUAGGAAAGCAUUCAUAAUGCUUUCCUACGGACGCUGGCGUGCUCUCACUGAAAAUCACAGUGAGAAGCACGCAAGCGCCUCUAGCGGCUGUCAAUGAGACAGCCACUAGAGGAAAUAGGGGAAGGCUUAACCCAUUCGUAAACAUAGCAGUUUCUUUGAAACUGCUAUGUUUAUGAAAAAAUGGGUUAACCCUAGCUGGACCUGGCACCCAGACCACUUCAUUAAGCUGAAGUGCUCUGGGUGCCUAGAGUGGUCCUUUAACACAACAAAACAUUAUUUAGCUUUGAUUAUUUGGGUGAAUGUUGCUUGCACAAUGGGUAAGUGAUAAACACUUAAGACUGACUUACGCACACAGUCAUGUUUUUAGACUGAUAAACCUUAUGUGGCUUCUUCCUCUGCUAGUGCACCUGCUCGGAAACCUGGAUACUUACAUAUUUACUAACUAAACUCCAAAUUAUCACACAUUUAAUCUGAAAGAAAGAAAACUGAGACAAAAGUAGCUGAUAUGGAAAUAUUCUUUGACUCGGUUAUAGUCACAACUUUUUUUUUUUUUUACUUUUUUCAAAUGUUUUUCCAUUAAGAUUUAAUUCUAGAAAAUGUAGAGUUUAGUGAAUAAACCCAUUGAGCUUUGUGCAAAUCUCCAUUGCACAAACAUUGGUUGAUCAUGAAUGUGCAAAACAUUAUCAUUGUUUGCUGAAGUAUAUGUCAUGUGGAAGCUAGUUGUGAUUUGUGUUUAAUGAAUUAUGAUUGUGUUGUGUAUUUUUCCCCAUGUAAUAUGAAUGGCACCAAUACAUGUAGUGUGGAUAUACCGGAUGAAACUUGUGUGACAAAGAACUGCUUAAUGUAAUAGAUGAUAUAUGUCACUUAGGUAUAGUGUGAAUAAUGGAUGGGUGCAUAUAGAGUGGCCUGUAGCAUCCUACAUCUUUGACUACACCUUCGGAACUUGUUGGAUAAUGCAAUUUGUUUAUUUUAAGAGACCAUCUGCAAGCAAAUUCAGAUUAGAGGAUGAGCCUACACAAUGAUAUUCCUUUUAAAAUGUGCAAUGUACAAUGGUUGAUUGAGCAUGUCAAUGACUUUAUAUAUUCUGAUUUUCAAUAAUGUUUAUUUGCAAUGUUUUCCUUUCAGAUUUCAAAAAUAGAUGGUUUAAUCUCUUAUCGGGAUCCACAUUUUUGGCGCCAUUCGGCAUCUGUUGUUGCAGGGACCAUACAUGUGCAGGUGAUGUCUGAUGUUGUGGAACAAAGAAUUAUCCAGCAGGUAAUCCAGAUUUAAAACUCAUCGCCUGUUUUAUUUUUUUGUUUUUUUCACAGUGUAGUUAAAAUGCAUCCUUACAUGUCAUUUAGAACACUCCUCCCUUUUUAGGAAAAUGUUAAAUUGGCAUUUGAUUAAGUUCUUGUUACUCCCUUUUAUUGUUGUUUCCCUCACUAUGGUGUAACUUUAAAAAACCUUUUGUAGGAAGGUGCAUUUUCUGUCCAGUUUAGUUAGGAAAAAUUUGAAAUGUAGAGAAUUGAUAAGGAAAUAUAAAAAAUGGUAUGCCAAAAUAGCGUAUCUGUGGAUAUUUAUCUUGCCAGUUUGGUUCCUGAGUACAAUGUUGGUUUAUUUACUGAAGCAUGAGUUGCAAAGAACUGAUAAGGUUUUGGUAUUUUUUUUUGUAUUUUUUUUUUUUGACCGUUUAAUUUUUAGUGACCGUUUACUUGCCUGUUUACUUAAUUUGUUGUUUGUGUGGGUUUCUUUUUUUUUAUUUUUUAUUUUUUUUUAGGAAGGGAGGGGGGUUGUUUAGGGCCUGUUGGCAAUGAUACAGUAGUAUUUGUCUUAAGUGUGCAUUGACAUGGUGUUCAGCCUGGUACUAAAUAGGCAAUUAUUUCUGUAAGUAACUAAUGCGUCCUAAAGGCACACCAACAGUCCAGGAUGCAGGCAUUUUGUCAAAUACUGAUCAGGAUAAAAUCUGGAACAUUGGGGGCCUUGAGGACUGGAUUUGGAACAAAUACCACAAGACCGAGUUAAGCAACCUUUGGCACUCCAGAUGUUGUGGGCUACAUUUCCAACAAUACUCUUUGUCAUUGCUGACAAAGCAUCAAAGGAGAUGCACUCCACAGCAUCUGGAGUGCUGAAGGUUGCCUACCCCUGAUAUAAGAUAUGCCAUUCAGAAAAGUUAAAACCUGUUUAAAUGGAUGUCUGUUCCUGUAAUGUCUGGGAUUUUAACACAUUGUUUUCAUAAAUAGGUAACGUCAGUACUUAAAGAUGCAGGAAUCAACAACCUUACUGUCCAAGUGGAGAAAGAAGCUUAUUUUCAGCAUAUGUCCGGUCUUAGUACAGGCUUUCAGGAUGUCCUAGUCAUGACAAAACAGAUGGACACAGUUAAAUACUACAAAGAUGGAACUUACAUCAUGUGAAUGAAGACCAACAUUUCCAGUAUUUUUCACUGUUGUCAAUGAGCAGGGGGAGAUGGGAUAUUUGCACAUAAAUGUACAGAAAUGUUAUUAUAGAUCUGGAUUUUAUAAGUCACAUUUAUUCUGUCUUUAUUGAGACUGAAUCAGGAUGUUUUAUAUCAGACUCUGGUCUUCUUUAUAUGGUCAUAAUUUGGGGCUUGAUUCAGAGGUAUGUUGUAUAUUGUGUUUAUUAAAUCUUAUAAUGGUCUCUCUGGAAGAGCAGGUGCAUUUUACCAUUCCUGAAAUAUUUUGUAUCGUUUAAAUCUGCCAACUGCUUUUGUUUCUGGUAGGUGGAAAACAAAACACACAGAUAAAAAGAAGCAAUUUUAAAUUGUAUUGUUUUAAGGGUAUUUUGUUUUUAGGUUUUAAAAAAAAAAAAAAAAAAAAUCUUUUUCUUUUUCAUUGUGCCUUUGAAAAUAUUUUGUGAUUUAAUCACAAAUCUGCCUAUGUUUUACUCAUGCUGAAGUAUGUUUUUGUUACAAAAUAGCCUCUGCAACAUAUUUAGAAUUUCAAGUUAGUACAUAUGGUAUUUAUUUUUAACUGUAACCAUAAUGAUUUACAAGGCAGGUCUCCGAGUUAGUUGCCUUUUCACAAGUGGUCAUUUUCUAUGCUGUGAGGGUGGUUGAAGUGUGGUGCAUUGAAUACAAAAAAGCCAAAUUUAGUUCAGUAUAGCUGCAUGGAGAAAAUCUCUAAUUUAAAUUUUUUUCAAGUUUAUAAAUUUUUUACACUACGCUUUCUUAUUUUAUUUUCAGUUCACUGUUAAGUGGAUUAAUUCUAAAAUCAACCAUCUGCUCAGCAUGGUUAUGAGAUAACCUGCUUUAAUUGUCAUUUUUACUAUUUCCUGAAUCAAGCUUUAUACUUUCUAGAUUAUAUGCAAUGAUUAUGUAAAUUAGACUCUGACCCAAAUAUAAUCAAUAUUUUCACAAAGCAUUAAAAUAAAGCAAAGUCUUGUUUAAUUUAAGAAACGCAUUUCAACUCUAACCUUAAAGGAGCACUACAGAGACAGGAACACAAACCUAUAUUCCUGACCCAAUAGUGUUAAAAACACAAUCUGCCCUCCCCCCCCACCACAUGGCCCCCUUGCUUUCCUGAAUAUAUUAAAAUAUUACCUUUAUUCCAGUCUGCUGGUGCUGGUUCUGCCUAAUACCUGCCACCUUGGCUGAUAUUAUCAGAAGUGAUGAUCUCUGCCAAUCACAAUGCUUUCCCAUAGUAAAAUAUCGGAUUGACGGAGAUGGUCAAUUCUGAUGAUCAACCAAGGAGGUGGGCUGAGGUGCAGAUCCAAUUGCCGCCCAGGCCAUUCAGCAUCUUCUCAUUGAAAUACAUUGAAUCAAUGCAUCUCUAUGAGCAGAGUUCAGUGUCUCCAUGCAGUGUGCCUUCAGGGACUGACUAUAGACACUGUAGUGUCCCUUUAAGAUCAAAUAGGGAACACAAUUCUUGCACAUUACAAAAGAUUCAAAUGUUCUAUCUAUUUAAUAUUACCAGUCAAUCAAUUGGCCACAAACCGUUCAAGGUACACUCUCUUGUUAUGCAUUAAGAAGAAAAAAUAAAAAAACAUCAAAAGGGUGCUAUAAUUUUGAAGAGAAUUACACUUGAGGUUACUUUUCUGUGAAUGUAUUUUAUCUUGCAUAUAGCCCAGUUUUUGCACCUGCAUAUAUCGAAUGGAAAAUUGAUUUAAAGGUACAUACACAAAUAUUUCAUUAACGGACCAAGCCGAAGGUGUGUUUCAUUGGAGGAUAAUAAUAAUUUUAAAGAUGUAACCUAAAACAUGUUUACACUACCAAAGUGUUCUGCAGGUACUUUGGUCAUUUGAAUAAACGUGGAUUAUUAAAUAAUUUUAGUGUCAUGGGUUAUUAUGCAAUAUCUGUAGUUCACUGAAAAGGAAAUCUUUAUUUUUACUUCAACCCUUACUGCAUGCAUACUGGUAGACAUACACAAUAUUUACCAUACAACUGAAUUGCUGCUUGGUUCAAACUACCACUGUGGAGAUUAUACAACUGAGUAUUAGAUCAAAACUUGUGUUUUUACUUCUACACAUACAGUGACAUAAAUACAAUAGUAAACUUAUGAGGUUCACAUAAAUGAUAAACAUCAGCAUGAAACCAUAAAAUAAGCAACAACCAAUUUACUUAACUGAAUCUAGGGAGAGUGUUCAUAGUCAGCACUUUAAUUUAUUCCUUAUUGUAUUGUAUGGUAUAUGUAUUAUAAUGUCUGCUUGGUAGAGUGAUUUGAAUGUUAAAGAAUUCUGAGA